AUGACUCUCGAUGAAAUGGUUGAAAAAACACAGCUCAAAAGUGAAAUUUCUAAUGCAUUAAUUAUUUUGGACUUCCUAGAAUUCUUCCCCUCAGGCCUUGGAAAUGCACUUGUGGAAGCAACUGAGAACAUAAAUAGGCUGCUUGACAACCUAAACAUAUCACCAUGGUCGCUGUCCGGCCGUGUCAAAGAGCAAAACGAUAGCUACAAACUGCGGUACGAUGUUCCAGGGCUUGCCAAGGAGGAUGUGAAGAUCAUUGUGCAUGACGGGGUUCUGGAGAUCAAGGGAGAGCGCAAAGACGAGGACGAGGAAGGGUCGGAUGAUGUAUAUUGGUCAUCAAUGAGCUAUGGUUACUAUAGCACAACUCUCAAUUUGCCUGAUGAUGCCAAAGUUGAUGAUAUAAAGGCAGAGUUGAAGGAUGGGGUGCUGAGCAUUACCAUUCCUAAAACUGACAAGCCUAAGAGGGAGGUGAAGGAGGUCAAUAUAAAUUAA